AUGGCUACGGAAGAAGAAAACAGAGCCGGAUUCGGGUCAUUGCAAGAAGGCAUUACUCAUCGUAUACUGUCUUUUCUAAGCGAAGACGACAAACAAACAACUCGUGAUUUAUCCGAAGAAUGGUCCGAUGCUGUGGAUACGUACCCAACGUUGAGCUUUGAUCCGGUUGAGGUUAAGGAUGUUGAAAACACUUUGUUGAGACACACGUUUGGAGGGAUUCCGCUGCCUUAUCAGUUGAAAAUAGUCACGGAUUUCAUUCCUGAUGAUCAUGCUGAUGUCGAUCCGGCUCGGCUGGAUAAAUGGCUCACCACAGCUGUUGGGAAUGGAGUUAGAGAGCUUAUUCUUAGUAUUGGUUGCUGUCCUUAUUAUUGUUGUCCUUCAAACUACAUUAUACCGGAUUGCAUUCUUGGAGCUAAAUCUUUAACAAUGUUGUCACUCACAAAUUGCAAGUUUCCUGACAAGCUGAAGGCGCAACAGAUAUUGUGUAAGAACCUCCAUACCUUAAUGUUAAGGAAUGUCUCAAUAAGUAAUGAUAUCUUAUCUUCUUUGAUCAUGAGCUGCCCGCUGAUUGAACAUCUGGGGAUAGAAAAUUGUAAAGAUUUGGACAAAGCUAAGUUGAUUAAUAUUCCUUGCCUCAAAGAACUUCACAUUGGACAUUUCCAGUGUGACGGUGAAGAUAGUUUGAGGGUAGAGAUUGAUGCACCAAAUCUAAAGGCUGCUAAGUUUGGAGGGUCGUGUGGAUUACAUUUUGUGGAAGGAGUGGAAUCAUAUAGAAAUCUGCAGAAAUUGAUGUUCAUGAGAACAACUCUUUCAAACCUAUUUUUCGACAAUGUUGUGAAUAAGCUUUCACAUCUAAGGUCCCUGGCUGUCAUAUCUUGCAAUGGCUUUGCAGAAUUUAACUUGACGAGUAAUUCCCUCGAGAAGUUCGAGUUCAAGCCGGAUGUUCAUGAUCUGCCAGCGCAACAACUCAAGGUUAAUUCCCGGAGCCUCAUUGAUUUUCAUCUUUGUUUACUAUAUGUGAACGUAUUCCCAAGAGUAUCUUUCAUAUCCUUUUCGCCGCAACUGAAAACCGAGGUAUCCAUAUUUUACGAUCCUGAUAGAAGAGAUAAGUCCUGGUUUCCAAGGAUGGAAGACACUCUAUCAGGUUUAGCUCCAUCCAAAAUAUCGCUCCACAUUGAAGUGAAAUCGGAAUUUCAGCUGGAUGAGAAUGUAUUGUUGGAAGAAUCAUCUACAGGUUUCGCCGAUUCAUUCUUAGCUUGUUGUCCUGAAACUAUAAUCCUGAGUUUGUCUAUAAAUGAAAGGACUUUAUGCAUUGUCAAUUGUCUGCAAAGAAAGCUGGAAGAGAAGCAGGAUCAGGACCUGAUAAGAGGAUUCAAGUGGUUUGUUGUUCAUUGUGGAAGCGAAAAAUGCCAACAACAGACGCUAGAUUUGAUGAGUUUAUCUGCGGAAUGUUGCACAAGAAAGAUGAUUUGGUUUGCGUUAGGAUGGAAUUCACCUUCUUGUUCUAGCAACAAUGAUGAGGAACCCACUGAUGAUUAG